AUGAUGUGCGAGGUGAUGCCCACAAUCUCGGAGGAUGGGCGGGGCGGAGGAGGGGGCUCGUCUUCCCCCGCGGGGGCUGAUGAGGGCGGCAGCACCGGCACCUUGGAGUCGCUGAUGGUGAACAUGUUGACAGAGAGGGAGAGGCUGCUGGAGAGCCUGAGGGAGACCCAGGACAGUCUGGGAACGGCCCAUCUACGCCUGAGAGAGCUGGGGCAUGAGAAGGAGUCGCUGCAGAGACAACUCUCCAUCGCCCUGCCACAGGAGUUUGCAGUGCUGACCAAAGAGCUGAACGUCUGCCGGGAACAGCUGCUGGAGAGAGAGGAAGAGAUAGCCGAGUUGAAGGCAGAGAGAAACAACACACGACUGCUGCUGGAGCACCUGGAGUGUCUGGUGUCGCGUCAUGAGCGCAGUCUGAGGAUGACUGUGGUGAAGAGGCAGACCCAGUCCCCGGCAGGCGUUUCCAGCGAGGUGGAGGUCCUCAAAGCCCUCAAGUCCCUGUUUGAGCACCACAAAGCCCUGGAUGAGAAGGUGCGGGAGAGGUUACGCGUGGCUUUGGAGCGGGUGUCUGUCCUUGAGGAAGAGCUGCAGUCUUCCUCCCAAGAGGUGCUGUCUUUAAGGGACCAAAUCAAAAGACGACAACAAGGACUGGACAAUGGCAAAGAGCGGCUCCCCAACGGACCGUCCUCCAUACUGGACGAUGGAGACAUCGACAGACAGAGAGAAGGAGAGAUCGAGCGACAGCGAUCAGAGCUGGGCCAGCUGAAAGAGAGACUGGCGCUCAUGUGCAGACAGGUUGGGGAGAUAGAAGAACAGCUGACAUCAGCCAGGAGGGAGCUGGCCAGAUCAGAGGAGGCCAACCAGAAACUACAGAGGGAUGUGAAGGAGGCGCUGUGCCAGAGGGAAGACAUGGAAGAGAGAAUCACCACGUUAGAGCGCAGGUACCUGAGUGCCCAGAGGGAGGCAACAUCUCUCCAUGACAUAAAGGAUAAGCUGGAAAAUGAGCUGGCCAGCAAAGAGUCUCUCUACAGACAGAGUGAGGAGAAGAACAGACAGCUACAAGAGCGUCUAGAUGAUGCCAAGCAGAAGCUGCAGCAGACCCUGCAGAGAGCCGAGACCCUGCCUGAAAUAGAGGCCCAGCUUGCCCAGAGAGUGGCAGCACUCAACAAGGCAGAAGAGCGCCAUGGCAACUUUGAGGAGCGAUUGCGACAGAUGGAGGCACAACUGGAGGAGAAGAACCAGGAGCUUCAGAGAGCCAGGCAGAGGGAGAGGAUGAAUGAUGAACACAACAAGCGUCUCUCUGACACCGUGGACAAACUCCUGUCCGAGUCCAAUGAAAGACUGCAGCUCCAUCUUAAGGAAAGAAUGGCCGCCCUGGAGGAAAAGAAUGCACUGUCUGAGGAACUGGCUAACAUGAAGAAACUCCAGGAUGAUCUCUUGGCAAACAAGGACCAGCUGAUAGCAGAGCUAGAGAGGAUUCAGUUGGAGUUAGAUCAACUGAGAGCCAGGCCUGGGGGCUCCUAUUCCAGCCGCUCUCUGCCAGGUAGUGCUCUAGAGCUGAGGUACUCCCAUGGAGGAGGCUCUCUGCCAGCAGGCUCCACCACUCACCUUGAUCACUACUGCAACACCUCCACUGGAGGCGUGGUCAGGCGGAGUCAUCGCGCACGCUGGAGCUCCGCCCGCGAGGACUCCACCAAGUACACAGAUUGGGACAGUGGGGCUCUGCUGGGGACCGGGUUUGAGGCGGGCGUGGAUGUGGCAUGCUCUGAUGACGAGGAGGACAGGGACACACUGUUUGGCUCAGAGCUGCUCUCCCCGAGUGGACAGACAGAUGUCCAGACUCUGGCCAUCAUGCUGCAGGAACAGCUGGAAGCCAUCAACAAGGAGAUCAAACUGAUCCAGGAAGAGAAGGAGAACACCGAGCUGCGUGCGGAGGAAAUCGAGAGUCGGGUCAGCAGCGUAGCAUUAGACGGUCCCCCCAUUCCUCCAUCCUCACUUGGGAGGGACAGCACGGGCCGUGGCUUCAUCCCGUCGUCCAUCACAUCCUCCACCCUUGCCUCACCCUCUCCCCCCAGCUCUGGACAUUCCACCCCUCGUCUGCCCCACUCCCCUGCCCGUGAGACCGACAGACAGAACAAGGAAGAUGAUCGGUCCCUUGCCCUACUUGACUCCACGCCACCUCCCACUCCUCGUGCGCUGCGAUUGGACAGAAUGACCCUCACCCAUCCGGGGGCGAUGCUCGAUGAUCCUCGGGAAUUUCGCAGUCUUUCAGCAGAUGGCAGCAGUUCAAACAGCAGUCAGGAUUCUCUCCACAAGUCCAGCAAAAAGAAAAGCAUCAAGUCUUCUAUUGGUCGGUUGUUUGGGAAAAAGGAGAAAGGACGGAUGGGCCAGCCUGGGCGGGAAGGAUCUACCUCCCUUGUCUCCACACCCUCUGAGGACGGUGCCUCUGGAGAUUCCAUGGGCAUGAACAAGACCGGGACCCUGGGACCAGCCGACAAAGACCGCCGCAGCAAAAAGAAGCAUGAGUUGCUGGAGGAGGCAUGUCGUCAGGGCCUCCCCUUUGCAUCUUGGGAUGGCCCGACUGUGGUCUCCUGGUUGGAGCUGUGGGUUGGAAUGCCAGCCUGGUAUGUGGCGGCCUGUCGUGCCAAUGUAAAGAGUGGUGCCAUCAUGGCCAACCUGUCAGACACAGAGAUCCAAAGGGAGAUUGGCAUCAGCAACCCACUGCACCGCCUCAAACUCCGGCUGGCCAUCCAGGAGAUGGUGUCCCUCACCAGUCCCUCUGCCCCAGCCAGCACCCGCUCUUCGACAAGUAAUGUGUGGAUGACCCAUGCAGAGAUGGAGUCACUGAAUGCUGCCACCAAGCCCCCGCUGAAAGAGUUCAGCUGGGAUCAGAUUCUGGCCUAUGGUGAUAUGAAUCAUGAGUGGGUGGGCAAUGACUGGCUACCUAGCUUGGGUCUGCCACAGUAUCGCAGCUAUUUCAUGGAGUCCUUGGUGGAUGCCCGCAUGCUAGACCACCUGACUAAGAAAGAGCUGCGAGGACAGCUCAAAAUGGUGGACAGCUUCCACAGGGUCAGUUUGCAUUAUGGCAUCAUGUGCCUGAAGCGUCUGAACUACGAUCGCAAAGAGCUGGAGAGGAGGAGAGAGGAGAACGCCCACCAGAACAAAGAUGUGAUGGUGUGGUCCAAUGAACGCGUGAUGUGCUGGGUGCAAACCAUCGGCCUGAAAGAGUACGCUGACAACCUUACUGAGAGUGGCGUGCAUGGUGCCCUGCUGGCUUUAGACGACACCUUUGACUACACUGACCUGGCCCUGCUACUGCAGAUCCCCAAUCAGAACACACAGGCCCGGCAGCUCCUGGAGCAUGAAUACAACUCACUCAUCUCCAUGGGAACUGAGAGACGACCUGAUGAGGAUGGAACCAAGACGUUCACCCGCUCACCCUCCUGGAGGAAGAUGUUUAGGGAGAAGGAUCUAAGGGGCGUGACCUCUGACUCUGCCGAGACCCUGCCUGCUAAUUUCCGUGCCUCAGCCAUUUCCACACCCUCUGUAACCCUGAGAAAAGUUCAGAGUGAUGGUGAGUCCAACUCUGGCUCACGGGGUGAAUCUGCCUCAGUAAGGACAUACUCCUGUUGA